CGACGCCACAGGAUAAGCGCUGCCCUGGCUGGAAGCGGAAGCGCUGUUAGCCAGAAGGGCGUUCAUGUGAUCACCCCCCACCCCCGAAACAGGUUGAAAUGAGCUUUGCAGCCAAGGUCCCGGUCGGAGUAUGGCUAGUUACUGCCUUCGGGGGCUUGGUGUUUUCCGUGACGCCUGACUCAGCUACCAGUUCAGAAUUGUAACGUAGUUGUUGCCAUAUAGCACUCCCCAGUAUUGCCUUGGCCGCUGGGCUGGAGCAUCGCUUGGAAAUGCUUCCUUCUGUUUCUGCUGUAAGGGCGAACUGUUUUAAAGGCGUUGGGUGCUACCAUGGAUGGAGUAACUACGAGGGCCUGUGAUGUGGUAGCUCCUACCUGCCGAGACCCGGCCAAAGUUCCCAAGGGGAUAUUGCAUUGAUGGUAUUAAAUAAGGUGGCUAAAUUGGGGUGUCUGGCCACAUUGCUGGGGAGAACAGGGACAGGACUAUAUAUCUAUACAGCCCCAAUCAUGUCUGUUGCUACUGUCUUAUAAAAGGUAAAAAUCCUUGUACAUACUUUGGACACACAGAUGUAAAAAUACAGCUAAACUUGACUGAAGAACAAAAACUUGAAUUUCACCUCUUCAACAUAACAAGAUAAAUGUUUCUCCCUAAACCUGCAGGAAGGAAGUACAGAGACAACCAUGAUAGAAGACAAAGGUCCAAGAGUGGCCGACUACUUUGUAGUGGCAGGACUCACUGAUACUUCGACCCCUCUGGACCAAGAAGUAAACCGCUUUGAAACAAAGUCAGCUGGUCCAAAGGCUCCAAUUACAGACCUAGCUGUCAUCAUCAAGUCAGCUGGUGAAACGGUGCCUGAGGGUUACACCUGUGUUGAAGCCACCCCCACAGCCCUUCAAGCCAACUUGAACUAUGGGAGUCUUAAAAGUCCAGAGCUCUUUCUUUGCUACAAGAGAGGCCGGGACAAACCACCACUUACUGAUGUUGGAGUUCUAUAUGAAGGGAAGGAACGUGUAAUUUUAGGCUGUGAGGUGAUCCAAGCUACUCCCUAUGGUCGAUGUGCCAAUGUUAACAACAGUUCAGCUACUUCCCAACGAAUCUUUAUUACUUACCGAAGGGCUCCUCCAGUACGGCCUCAGAAUUCCUUGGCUGUAACAGAUAUCUGUGUUAUUGUUACCAGCAAAGGAGAAACGCCUCCCCAUACGUUCUGCAAAGUUGAUAAGAACUUAAAUUGUGGCAUGUGGGGGUCCAGUGUGUACCUCUGUUAUAAGAAGUCUAUGCCGGCUUCUAACUCAAUAGCAUAUAAAGCUGGUUUAAUUUUCAGAUAUCCAGAGGAUGAUUAUGAGUCAUUCCCAUUGUCAGAAUCUGUACCUCUUUUCUGCCUUCCUAUGGGAGCCACUAUUGAAUGCUGGGAUCCUCAAACCAAAUACCCACUACCAGUGUUUUCAACGUUUGUCCUGACUGGUUCUUCUGCAGAAAAGGUGUAUGGUGCUGCUAUUCAAUUUUAUGAGCCUUAUUCCCGGGAGCUGCUAACAGAAAAGCAGUGUGUGCAGCUGGGUCUCCUGACAGCUGUGGAGAGAAAAGUGGUUACUUCCAAAUCCAUCAAUUCCAACACGUGCAUCUGCCUUCUCUCUCACUGGCCUUUCUUUGAAGCCUUUCGAAAAUUUCUUAUGUUCAUCUACAAGCUCUCUGUCUCUGGGCCUCAUCCUCUUCCAAUUGAAAAGCACAUAUCCCAUUUCAUGCACAAUAUACCUUUCCCUUCACCUCAAAGACCAAGAAUCCUUGUACAGCUUUCUGCCCAUGAUGCAUUAAUAUUGUCUCAACCAGUUUCUACACCCUUGCCACUCAGUGGAGCAAACUUCAGUACUUUGCUGAUGAAUCUUGGACCAGAAAACUGUGCUACUUUGUUACUCUUUGUAUUGCUAGAGGGCAAGAUCCUACUGCACUCUCUGAGACCAGCUGUACUGACUGGAGUAGCUGAAGCUGUAGUCGCUAUGAUAUUUCCAUUUCAAUGGCAGUGUCCGUACAUCCCCCUGUGUCCUUUGUCUCUGGCAGCAGUGCUCAGUGCUCCUGUUCCAUUUAUAGUUGGAGUUGAUUCACGAUACUUUGAUCUGUAUGAUCCACCACAGGAUGUUGUUUGCAUUGACUUAGACACAAACAUGGUAUACCUAUCGGAUGAUAAGAAGAGUGUGAACUGGAAACAGCUUCCUAAGAAGCCGUGCAAAAGUCUACUCAACACCUUAAGGAAAUUGCAUCCACAGCUGGCGUCGGUUCACAGAAAGACCCAAGAAGGCUCUGCGGUGGAGAUGACACCUAUAGAGGCAGAUUUCUCCUGGCAGAAGAAGAUGACAGAACUUGAGAUGGAGAUCCAAGAGGCUUUUCUACGCUUCAUGGCGUCUAUUUUAAAGGGGUAUAGAACAUUCCUCAAGCCUAUUACCCAGGCACCUUCAAAUAAAACUACUGCUGCUGAUUCCUUGUUUGACCUUCAAGGAUUUUUAAAAAGCAGGGACCGUGCCUACACAAAGUUCUACAUACUUCUAACCAAAACACAGAUAUUUAGCCGCUUCAUAGAAGAGUGCAGUUUUGUGAGUGACAAGGAUACCAGCUUGGCGUUUUUUGAUGACUGCAUAGAAAAGCUUUUUCCUGAUAAAGGAACAGAAAAGGGAGAGAAGGUUGAUGUAGAUUCUGCAGAAGAUACGCGGUUAAUUGAGCUUGAUGAGUCACAGAAGAGUGAACACACAGUGUUUAUAAUGCCACCAGAACCUCCUCCUGAUGAUGGACAGGCCCGAGCACCCAAGUAUAGCUAUAAAAACUUCCCAAGACUAGAUUUUGAGCUCUUCGACAGGCCACAGGAGCUCAAGCUUUCGUUCAACAGGCACCCAGCUGGAGGUAACAUUUCAAACAGUCCAGCACUCAUGGCAAAGAGGACAAAACAGGAGAUAAAAACGGCCCAUAAAUUAGCCAAGAAGUAUUACACGAACCCACCACUGUGGGCUAAGUGCCUCUUUAGUCACUGUUAUAGCCUAUGGUUCAUUUGUCUGCCAGCCUACAUCAGAGUUUCCCAUCCCAAAGUCAGAGCACUGCAACAGGCAUAUGACAUUCUUAUUAAAAUGAGGAAAACCGACGUGGAACCACUAGAUGAGGUGUGCUAUAGAGUUGUAAUGCAGCUCUGUGGACUUUGUGGUCAUCCUGUUCAGGCUGUGAGAGUCCUGUUUGAAAUGAAAAAUGCUGGAGUACAGCCAAAUGCGAUCACCUAUGGUUAUUACAACAAGGCAGUUUUGGAGAGUCAUUGGCCUAGCAGUAACCGCAGUGGUAUCUUUCUGUGGACGAAGGUACAGAAUGUGGUCCGUGGUGUAGCACAAUUUAGGCAAUGCCUAAAAAAAGCAACAAGGAGCUCACAGGUGUCUGUGAUAUCAGCUCCUCGGAAUGCCACGGGUGGAAGUGAUGGGGACACGGUGAGCCAUGGUAGCGUGGAUAGUUCUAAUGAUGCUAACAGUGGGGAGCACACACUCUUCGUCAGAGACUUAGUCAGGCUUGAUUCCAUUGAUAAUCACUCUAGCACAGGGGGUCAGUCAGACCAAGGCUAUGGAUCCAAGGAUGAACUCAUAAGGGAUGAUGGAGAUAAUCUUCUUGCAGCUGAGACGCUAGCAGAAAAAGAUUCUUCCUGUAAAAUGAAAGACCUAACAGGAGAAGUUGGUGGUACUGGUGAAAAGCAUCAGCAGAGUGCAGAACCUCAUAGUUCAGCAGACCCACCUGCUUGGGGAAGCAGUAUUGUGAAAGUUCCAUCUGGCAUUUUUGAUAGUACUGGCAGGAAAAACAGCAGUGGAACUGCAUCUAGCCCACUCUUUAUAACUCAGGAUCCAGUUGAAGAUUCAGUCUUUAAUGAUGCUUCUCCCAAGAAAACAGGUGAAAAAGGGCAGAAGAGACAAAAGCUCUUUUCAGAGAGGAGCUGCAGUUUUAGCACUGAAAGCAGAGCAGGUAUGCUGCUGAAGAAAGGCAGUUUGGACUUGAGCUCUACUGAAAUAGCAAUAAUGAUGGGAGCAGAUGCCAAGAUCCUCACAGCAGCUUUAUCCGGGGCCAAAACUUCACCACCUCACACUAGUAAAUCCAGUAGCUUUGACAGUAUGGGUGACCAGCAGGUCUCUGGGCUGAGUGGCACCAGGACUCAUGUGAGUGAAGGUGCUCGGGAACUAGAGCUUAAGUCUUCACCAGUGGAGGAGCCUGAGGAAGGGCAAGUGCACCUUGAGAACGGAGGUGAGGACAGUGGAGCCAGAGCUGAGAAUGUACACGCCAAACUUCUGGAUGGUAAUCAGCCCCCAAACCAGAAAACAGAUGCCAGAGAUGCAGUGACUAAAAGGAAUAGCUUCUAUGGUGUGAUUAAACCUAUUGAAAGGGAAGAUGUUGAAGUGGGCUUGGACCCUUUAUCUUUGCUGGCUACUGAGAGUAUAGAACCAAAACCCUCAGAUCCUGAAGAAAAGAUUGUGUCACCAGUUGUAGCACGUAAUCUGGCAGAUGAAAUAGAAAGCUAUAUGAAUCUAAAGAGCCCCCUGGGUAGCAAGUCUUCCAGCAUGGAGCUUCACAAGCAAGAGAGCAGAGAAGCAGCAGCCUCUAGUACACUUAGUCACUCCCAAGAGAGGAGAUCAAGCUUACCUUCAGAUUCUGUCGCACCAGCCCCAGAGAAGAGUGAAAAUCGGAGAAGUCCUUUAGUUUCCAGGUCUAAAACCUUUACGGGGCGACUAAAGCAACAGACCCAUUCACGAGUCCAAAAAGAGCGGUCUCCAUCACUAACGGCGUUGGGUCGCUCUUCGCAGCAUGGCUCAUUGGGCUCUGUGGUAACAAGUUUAUCCAAUCUGAAGCUAGACAAUAUACUCUCUGGACCGAAAAUAGAUGUUCUGAAGUCUGGAAUGAAACAAGCAGCUAAUGUAGCCAGUAGGAUGUGGGACUCUGUAACCUCACAAUAUAACUACUUGGAUGAAGAGGCAAAAACCCAUCGACCAGACUUCACCUUUCCUCCUGGUUUUGAAGAUCAUAUUUUAGGAGACAAUCUGUCACCAAAAUCAGGAAUCCCUGGGUUGGUAACCAGUGAACUCACACAAAGCACUACCAGUCUUGGCAGCAGCAACAGCAGUGGAGAUGUAGGGAAACAGCACUACACAACAGGUGAGGUUUCGUUCCCAAGAAGUAUGAAAGGUCUGGAUUCUGAGAAGUCAGAACAUGGUUCCUCCCACAAUACCAGUUUGUCCAGCAUCUUCCAGAACUGUGCAAUGGAGGUCUUGAUGUCAAGCUGUUCUCAGUGCAGAGUUUGUGGAGCAUUGGUUUAUGAUGAAGAAAUUAUGGCUGGAUGGGCUGCAGAUGACUCUAACUUAAACACCACGUGUCCAUUUUGUAAAAACACCUUCUUACCUCUUCUUAAUGUGGAGUUUAAAGACUUGCGUGGAUCUGCGAGCUUUUUUCUGAAACCAAGUACAUCUGGAGAUAGUUUACAUAGUGGAAACAUUCCAUUAACCGCUGAUCCUCUGGAGCAGAAACCUAUGUCCAGUCCUGCUGUUGCUGAUUUGAUCAGUUUUUCAGAUCACCUAAAGCCCAACCAGACCAUACCUGAAGAAAUCAGCUCUGCCACUGGGCAAAGUGAUGUGCCAGAAGAACAGAGUGAGGGCCCCAGGGCUAUGAAGACGUCUGUCAUCAAUUCAUCAAAACGAGGAGCAUCUUUGACUCGGAGCCACAGUGUCGGAGGCCCUCUGCAAAAUAUUGAUCUCUCACACAGACCAUCUCAUGGCAUUUCAACAGUUAGUCUUCCAAAUAGCUUGCAAGAAGUUGUGGAUCCCUUAGGGAAAAGGCCCAAUCCUCUCCCUCUGUCUGUGCCCUACUUGAGCCCUCUGGUGCUACGUAAAGAGCUUGAAUCCUUGUUAGAGAAUGAAGGGGAACAAGUGAUUCACACAUCUACAUUUAUCAACCAACAUCCCAUCAUUUUCUGGAACCUAGUUUGGUAUUUCCGGCGCUUGGAUCUACCUAGCAACUUGCCAGGACUCAUUCUGACAUCGGAACACUGUAAUGACGGGGUCCAGCUUCCUUUGUCAUCUCUGUCUCAAGACAGUAAGUUAGUAUACAUCCAGCUACUGUGGGACAACAUCAACCUUCACCAAGAGCCUGGAGAGCCUCUAUAUAUAACUUGGAGAAAUCUCAAUUCAGUGGAGAAGAAGUCAUCCAUAGCUUCAGAAGAUCAGCAGGCAACAAGCACUUUAGUGGAAAACAUCAAACUGAGCAUUCAACACAACAAUGUUGUUGAACCCAUCAACCUCCUUCUGCAGAAAGUUAAACCAGACAUCAAACGACAAAGGAGUUUUUAUAGAGAAAUCCUUUUCCUGUCUUUGGUGUCGCUUGGGAGAGAGAACAUUGAUAUCGAGGCCUUUGACAGUGAGUACAGACUUGCAUAUAAAAGUCUAACAACAGAGGUGCUUGAGAAGAUGCAGAAAAUAGAUGCGCCACCAAGCAGCAGUGUGGAGUGGUGCAGGAAAUGCUUUGGAGCACCUGUCAUAUAAAAAUGCGGGAAGAGGUGAAGGAACUUCACAAAAACUGAGAAUAUCUAGAUUUGGAUUCAAGUUCCUAAAAGAAGACUAAAUCCAGCAAGUUGUAUCCAGAUCAAAUCUCUCUUUGGGACGAGUUCUGAUUUUUGUCAUCUCAUGAAAUAGUGUAAAGUGCUAUAAAAUACCUUAAAACUUCUUAAUGCCAAGGAUAUUCAGAUCUUGAAUGGCUUAUCUGCCUUAACUUUAUUUUUCUGUAUAUAUUUUGUUUCUUCUUGCUUGUCCGCCAUCUUCAUAAUCAAAUAGUUGAGAAGGGAGAUGAUGGGUCAAUAAGCAUUUACCUGGUGGCUUUCUUAAGGACCAUCAGUGCUGGGAUAUUUUAUAAGUGUAUGUUUUGAUUGCCUUUCUAGCCAAGAAGCAUGUUAAGUGCACUGGUAAAGAGAGAUCUGUUUGUUGCAUAUGGGUGCAGCAUGUGUGUACAUAUUUCUGGAACCCUUAAAUUGAGACUUGCAAUGAAGCUAUUUUAGACAGGUCACAAUACCAAACAAUAGCUUUAGUUAUUACCUCUCUUUCUGACAGUAGUCCUUGUCUCAGUUAAUAAUCUAAACAUCUAUUGACUGACAAUAACCCUUCCAUUUUGGCUAUAUUAUAAAACUUUAGCUUUUCUCUAGUCAGUGUCCUGCUACGUGAAAUUAGAUAUAAUCUGACUAUAUUGCUUUGUUCUCCCAAACAAUGAUGGGCUUCUGCCCUGAGCAGUUAGGAGAUGGGUGUCUUUCUGCAAGCUACAGAGAUAGUUUAAUGAAACUAGGGUGCACAAAGGUUUUGACAUAAACAAAUAUUGACCAGAAAUUAAGAUUCCCCCCACCCCCCCCGCCAAAAAAAGUGCCCCUUGAAGUGAACUUGCAGCUUCAGGCACUGUUGCCCCAUACCUGGUAUCUUUCUAACCUAUGGGAUAAUUAUUUUGCAUUGUAGGUCCAGAUUCAAUAUUUUAUUACAAUACAUAUCUUUAUAUACAACUCUUAAAGUUGUGUAUGCAGAGAAAAAUUGAAGAGUUCAAGGGACUGGUCUUUAAAGUUAAAACCCUGUUUAGCUGAUUGCCAGUAGAUGGAAAAACUCACACAGCUACUUGACAAUACUUGUCAUGUCCUCCGCAAGAUGAAACUUAAACACUGGUCUGCGACUUCAAAUGUUUCCAUAACUAAAUUACAUGGCAACAACUGCGGAUAGCCAUGUUGCUUCUGCUUCAAUCAAAUGUGCUGAAUCAGUACAUGACCAUACCUUACUGAGGAAGUCACUCCUGGAAGAAGCAACUGAGAGAAGGGAUUAAUGAAUUAUUAAAACAAAGUGACUUACGCAUAGUCUCACGUUCAGCUUGAAUGUAAUCUGCUCAUACUACUCCCAUGCCAGAAUCUUUACUCAUUUUUCACACUUCAGUCAUUUAAACUCUUUACAGGGGCACUAGGAUCUCAUUGAAAGUGCCAGUAACUAACCCUCCCCUCCCCCCAAAACAAAGUACUUUUAACAUGUUGCUAACAUAACAUUUUUAUAAGAUAUGUGUUCCUUCAAAGAAAUGGAUUUUGCACUAUUUGUAUCAGAAAAUAUUUUUGGCAUUGUAGGCUGGAUGCUCACAUUUUUUAAAAAAAACAAACAUAGCAAUUGGUGAUCCUAGGCCAUGUUAGUAUAGUAAGUUCAUUUAGAAUUCUCCCUCCAUGAAAAUAUUGGGCAUUUUCAAUUCUCAAAAGCAAAGAAGCACAAGCACAGUACAAGAACUUUAUCUCAAUUCUUCUGUCAUUUUUAGCUUUUUGAGUUCAUUUGUUUGUUUUGCAGAUUUCAGACCAACUCAACGAGUAUAGAGCUGUUUUCUUAUUGGAAUUGGUGCUUGAUUUUUUCUCUCUCUGCUCCCCUCCCCACCAAUGUAAUUAAUUGUUCAUAUUUUAAAUUUUAAAAUCCCUGUGAAGCAUGCUCUUGAAUACUUACACUUGCAUUAUAGUAGUUGCUAAUCUAAGUAAGUUUUAUACAAAUGGCAAAGAUUGUACCUAAUACUUUACUUUAGUACUGGCUUUAAAAGUACAGCAGCACACAGAUUAAAUUAUCACCUCUCACUGAUCGUCCUAAAUAAUAAGCAGCUAAGCCUUAUGGCUCCUUGAAGCAAUUUAAAUAGCAAUUCUCUUUGAGCAUCCUAAAUAUUUAGCAACCCUUAUUUUUCCCGGCUGCAGAGGAUCUUUAUAAUAUGUUGUUUUGCCUACUGGGUAAUAAUGAAAUAACUGGAUUCCUUUUUCACCCUCUUAGACAUAAUUGUAGAUGACAUUUUUAAUCAGUUUGCAUUGUUUUAACAGCCCUCUCAUAUAUAUUGCUGCAAAUCUUCAACAAUAUGACACUGGGCUUGUGUAAACAUCCAGAGUAGCUUGUGUGCCAUGGUAUCUAGCACUAAAUGUUUGUUUCCUAAGGCUAAUGAGGUAAACAGGAUACUCUUACAAUCCUGGAUCAUUCUUGUAGAAGAUUUAAUGUCCCUGGAUUUACUACAUCAGACUGAUGCCUCUGCGUGUUCUAACGUAGUCUCUAUUCUGUUGUACUUACCUGUUUCCCAGCUAGCUGAAAGCACGGUUUGAAACUACAUGAAGUCAAGUCAAAAAGCCCGCUUACAAUUACUUUCCAACUUAAAAAGAACAGGAGAAUCCAGGACAUGUUGAGGACCGUUAUUUUGUUGUAGAGUUUGGGUUAUUUUAAACUGCUUGGUUUUUAAUUCUAGUUUUUAACAGCUGGUUAACUAGCUGACCCUAGAAUAGAUUCCAUUAUGCAGGAGAAAAAGUGAAAGUCCUCAAGGUGAUUAUAUAAUCAAAAUAUUUCAUCUAACAUGCAGCUAGAUUUCCUCACAAGAACUUAGAGUAAAGCAAAUACUGAGAGCUCCUAAGUUGCUGCCUCCUUCUGACCGCAUAUCACUUCCUGUUUCUCAUCCUUUGACUUUUUUUGUAUGAAAUAUUUAGCUGCAAACAUUAGAGAUUGAGGCAAGUUGUCCUAGAGCUGGAUUUUCAGAGAUGAAUGCUUACCUAAUCGGAAUAUGCAAACUCCUAUGACGGUACUCGGAAAACAGGUAUGGCACCUGACUAGACUUGAAUGAUUGAAUACUAUAAUACUCAGAUGAUCGAAAAUCUGACCCAAAUGCAUGAGGACAAUUCCUUAAAACUCUUCCAUUUGCAUUUUAAAUGGAUUUUCCCCCUCCUCGAGGCUCUAAAGAAAUUUAUAAAUGAUUCCUUGCAAAUUAAUAACCUAUUAAACUCUGGGGAGAGGGGGAUGUGGGGGGAAUGAGUAAAAUUGGAAGCUGCUUGACUAAGAAUUAACAUUUUGAACUAUAUUUCCCCAGUGAUCCAAAUUACCAUACAUCCAUUGUGUAUGAGUGAGCUUCCCCCAGGUGUCAUCCAAACAGAAAUCUGAGUUCAGCCCCAGUUCUUUUCUUCGACAUAAGCAGGAAAAGAAAUGCCUUGUUAACCUGAGAACCCCUGGCGUAGAACAGUUCUAGUCUGACAUGUAACCAGCAGCCAAGAAUGGGAUGGAGAUGUUUUCCUUGUAUACAUUUUGGAAACCAAAUUUAUAAUCAUAAAGAUAAUGGUUGCAGAUGAUUAUUGCCUGAAGAACCUGCUGCAGAAAGUCAGGGUCCAAACCAAAAUGAUCAUGUUAAGUGGAGCUGGGAGCAACUUGGUUGCAAGCAUGCGGAAGUGUGUGUAUGUGAUCGAGUGAACCUGAGAGAUAUUAAAAGGAGCAUGUUAGCAUAAAACAGAUAACUAACAGGAAAAUCUUUGAAUUUACAUGGUCUUUAAAAUUUUGGAUUACUGGUUAACUAUAUGAAGAACGCAAUGUACUUUGCAAUUUUCAUCUAAUUGUAAAUGUACCAAAUCUGCCUUGUUUCCCUUUACUAAACAAGGGAUUUAUGUUUUCUGUAAAGUUAAAUGGGAUCUUUAACUGUUUGAAAUCAAGAUUCUCAACAGAGAACUUUUACUGAGUGUUGGAUGUGCAGAGUGAAUAAAUUCCAGAACAUUACAAAGAUUAAUUGUAAUUAUUGUAAAUGAAAAUGCAAUAGAUUCCAAAAAGUUUGUGUGUAUAUAGAAUAGAAAACUUAAUUAAAAUGUUAUGCAACGUACCAUGAAAAUAGAACAUCUGUGUACAAUGCUGAUAGCUAUAGUCUGUCUUCAUUUUUUAUAUAAUACUAGUUGACAAUAACAUCUUAAUUGAAAAUUUGUUUUAUGUAGAAAACGUCUCUCUAAAUUAUAUUCCACUUUCUCAAAAAACUACUAAGUUAGUCUUACUUAUAGCUGAAUUUCACAUGUCGGCUAAACUCUAAAUUUACAUUGCAUUUGUGAAUUACGAGACUUUUUCCACCCUAACUGUGAAUGAUGUUUUUCUGUACUGCCUCAAUUUUAGGAUAUACAUGUACCUUAGCUUGAGUUUACUAUCUUCAUAUAAAUAACUGCAGCAUGGGGUAUGUUUGCAAAGUGAGUGUUAAUUAGACCAUAGAAAUCUAUAUUUUUAUAACUUUGUUUAAAAACGUUUUAAAAAAUGUAACUGAGGAAUCCAGCCUAAAGUAGAAAUUUGUUUUUAAACAUUAAUCAGUCAUCAAUUUCUUCAAUGGAAAUAAUUGUAUUUCAUUAACUGUUAAAUCUUUUUAUUGAAUUAAUGAUAGCCUUUACAAAUUAAUUCUUUAACAAUUUGAAACCUUCUGUAUAUCAGCUUUUCCUUGUGGACUUUUUCAGAAACAACCCCCACCCCCUUGUAAACCAUAAAUGCUGACCUUGAACAGUUGAGUUGGGUGCAGUUCUGAUUUUACUGUGCUGUAUUUUGUGAUUCAUGUUAAAAAGGAAACUGUAGAUUGAUAUUUUUUUCUUUCAUUCUGCAUCGAUCAAUGAUGCAAAUAUAAGGGAUUAUGUUUCCUGUUUUUUACAAGCACACUGAACUCCUUUUAGGAGAUUAAAAAUAAACUGAACGUUAAUGAGGAUAAAAGGAAGUAGUGUGAAUAAAUUAUCAAUUUAUUAAAUGAGUUGGGAAGUAUUCUAUUAAUGCAAUAAAAUUUGCACUGGUUUAGAAUAUUUGUGAACUGUUCAAAAAUGAAAUCCAUUUACUGUGCUUUGAUCUAACAAUUAUUUCUCUGUAAUGUUUUUGUACAUUUGAUAAUGUUUCUUGGUGCUUUGUUUAUUCUGAAUUUUGUAUAGCUAAGAAACAUCUAUUUCUCAAAAUAAAAAUAUGUACAACUGC